CCAUUCGAUUAGUUUGAAACAUCGCCGAGUUACUUCAAACGAUGGCAGAAAGGCGCACACAGAAAGAGACCGGGCCUGUAAUCCGUCGCUCCAGGUAAUUGUUACCGCAUUGAAACAACACAAGCGGCAUCAGAAAGCUGUACUGUGCAAGGAAACUGUGCUUUCGUAUUGUGGAUACAUGUCCGCUGUUAUCUUAUACGACAUCGGAGAAAUACUCUUUAUGGAGCAUGACCCGAUAACCCAACGAAUUGGCUGUAUGAUUUCCAUGAAGAUCAUGAAUUCACAUGAAACCUCCAGGCCUUAGCGAUCCAUGCAUCGCAUCUUUCUCGCACACGAAUCCAUCAAGAUUCUCUCCAAUCAUCCUGCACCGCCCUCACUAGUGUCUCUAAGCACAUCUAACCGCGGCAUUCUCCACCGGCAGGACUGGCCGGCGAAGCGCCACGCUCGCUUCUCUCAGCCCUCGCCUGCCCCUGCUCGCGGGGCAGGCGAUGAAUGCGGGUCGUACGCCUUGAAAAUUCGCCUCUGAGC